GGCUCUUUUAUUUAUGACAACAACAAACCAACACGUAGCUUUUGCUUCUUCGAAUUGUCCUUCCAUCUCGCGGUAACAAAACUCCCUCCCUCUAUCUUUCUCCGGCUACAAUCUCAAAUCAUCGGUAAAUCUCACCGUAAGCGCCCAAUUACUCGUCACCUUCUUCAUCUUAACCGACAGCUCGCGGUUUCAGUUUAUUUUUAACCCGGCGUCAUCAUGAAUUCCGAAUAUGAUUAUUUGUUUAAGCUUUUGCUUAUUGGAGAUUCUGGUGUUGGCAAAUCAUGUCUACUUUUGAGGUUUGCUGAUGAUUCAUAUCUGGAAAGUUACAUCAGUACCAUUGGUGUUGACUUCAAAAUCCGUACUGUGGAACAGGAUGGAAAAACCAUCAAACUCCAAAUUUGGGACACUGCAGGCCAAGAGCGCUUUAGAACAAUCACUAGUAGCUAUUACCGUGGUGCUCACGGAAUCGUUGUUGUUUAUGACGUGACGGACCAAGAAAGUUUCAACAAUGUCAAGCAAUGGUUAAAUGAAAUUGACCGCUAUGCUAGUGAUAAUGUGAACAAACUGUUAGUUGGGAACAAGUGUGACCUGACAGCAAACAAAGUUGUGUCAUACGAGACAGCUAAAGCUUUUGCAGAUGAAAUUGGGAUUCCUUUCUUGGAAACGAGUGCAAAGGAUGCCACUAAUGUAGAAGAGACUUUCAUGGCCAUGGCUGCUGCAAUCAAGAAUAGGAUGGCAAGCCAACCAGGCGUGAACGCCGCGCGACCUCCAUCGGUGCAGCUCAAAGGACAGCCCGUGAACCAGAACUCUGGUUGUUGCUCUUCCUAAAAUAAGAAUUAGUUUUAGUGGGUCCAUGUGAUGAUAGUUGUCCUUUUGUGUCGUUGCAUGUAGCCAAAGAAAGAACUAGUCCUCUUUUAUGUCACUCGAUAGGUCAAGUGGUUCAACGUGCUUUU